CAGAUAAACAAAAAUAAUAUUAUUUGAGGCAGCGACUAUACACUGAACAAUAACAACAAACAAGUUACAGUGACAACUUGCUUACAGCAGCGUCACCAUAACUAGCUUCGGAAUGAGCAAACACCGCCUCUGACAACCGUCGUCAUCAUUUUCAUUAUCGUCUAAGCCAUACUCUAUGGCGACGGAAUCUUCGUCUCCGCCUCCUCCGCCUAGCUCCUCCGACGACAAACCUCAGAAUCAAGCUACGGAGAUGGCACAACCGAUGAAUCAGACUCAGCAAUAUGCCGGUGAAGAUGUUACUAAACAGAGUCCGCCGUCUGUCUUUGUGAACUCGGAACCUAUAAGAGAGGAUCAAGUACAGAAUGCUAUGAAAUUUCUUUCCCAUCCGAAAGUCAGGGGUUCCCCUGUCAUGUAUAGGCGAUCUUUUCUUGAGAGGAAGGGAUUGACUAAGGAGGAGAUUGAUGAAGCUUUUCGCCGUGUGCCAGAUCCAUCUCCGACUGCGCAAGUAACAAGUACUAGUCAAGAGGCACAAUUGAAAGCAACAUCAAACGUUCAGCCGGCACCACAAACACAAGCUCUUCAGCCUGCAGGAGCUGCUCCUGGUGCCAUUUCCUCUGUGGCGAGAUACCGUUUUCAUUGGUAUCAUGCUGUUUAUGCUGUAGGAGUACUAGCUGCCUCAGGUGCUGCAACAGCUGUCAUAAUUAAGAAAUAUUUUAUGCCUAGAUUGAAGUCUUGGAUCCGUAAAGUUGUGCUGGAAGAAGAAGAUGACUGCGAGAAGAAACCUGAUGCAAAACCAAGUUUAGCAGAAGAGGCGGCAGCAGCUGCAAAAUCAGCCGCAGCUGCAGCUGCUGAUGUUGCAAAGGCAACCCAGGAAAUGUUGAAUUCAAAAAAUGAUGAGAAGAGAUAUUUUGAGGAUUUCAAGAAUUUGCUGGAUGUGCAAGUGCAGGAAAUGAAGUCAAUGAGUACCACAAUACGCAAAUUGGAAGGACAAACUAAUAACCUUGGAAGGACCUCUCUUAGUAAUCACGAAGAUUAUACGCUCCCAGUGACGAAUAAUUCUAGGCAACCCUAUAUGAAUGGGAAGGUGGACUCUGACUCACGCUCAGUGAGAUCUUCCUCGCCACCCACGUCUGCUGAACCAUCUGUUGCACCACACCCAAAGUCUUAUAUGGAGAUCAUGGAAAUGGUCCAAAGGGGAGAGAAACCUCCAAAUGUCAGGGAAGUCAAUGAUCAACCACCCAACCCUAACCAGCAAAUUUCAAACCCUCGUAUAGCACCGAGAAGUAAGCCUUGGGAAGCUGGUCAAUCACAAAACAGCUCAAGCCAGGUGCUUCAGACUCAAAUGAAUGGUUUGAAUUACAAGGUACAAGACAAUGGAGUGACUCAGUUUGACGGUGAUAGUACAGUUCCUUGGUGGCAGCGAAAAAAUGCCAGAAUCACAGAGAUUGAAAAUGAAGAAGAAAAUAAGUCCGCAUCUUACGGUACACAGAACAAUGCACAACCAGUUCGGCGUGCAUGGGUUCCUCCCCAGCCACCCCCUGUUGCCAUGCCUGAGGCAGCAGAAGCCAUCCGACGGCCAAAACCAUCAGUUCAGAAAGAACAAGUGGAAGAAGAUCCGUCUGCGUCUCUUCCAAUAGAUGCAACAGAUGAAUUGCAAAAAGUAACCAAAAUAGCUGAAUCCGGUGGUGUGGCAGAGGUCAAUGGUGGAGCAUCAGAAAUAAACACGAGUGAGAUAACAGAAGAGCAAGAAUACGAGUACGAAGGGAACUAAAGGGAAUUUUUUUAAAAUCAUCAGCUUGGCUCAAAUCAAAGGCAGGUAACAUGAAUUUAAAAACAAUUAGCUGAAAGAUAUUCUAUAUCAAUCUAUAAAAUGAUCAGUUUGGUCCACGAUCAUGCAGCCAAAUUGAGAUUGAAGCAAUAAAUUUGGUGCUUAUUGAAUGAAAGAAUAAAGUCAUGAACUGUGAAAGCUCAUUAUGAAGUUUUGUAUAUAACAACUGAUAAUGUGUUCUUAUUUUCAAGACUUGAUAAAAAUAGCGCUGUUUUCAUACACCUAGGAAUUUUCGGAUGGGGCAACUAAGCACCUUGAUGAUGUAUUGUUUUAAUAUUCUAAUUUAAUAACUUUAUUAAUCGAUAAA